CAAAAAUCUAAAAUGUCAAGAACCUUCGACUCUGAAAUGGUAUCUUUGAAAGACAUGUUGAAGAUCACUAUUGGGCUGUUUAAUAUUAUUGCAAAGACACAUAACCAGAACUUUGAACAGCUAUUGGAAGGCCUUCAAGAUCAAGGAAUUUAGGAAGGAUGGAGUAGAGUUUGACAGAAUUGUGGUAUUGGAUCAAGACAGUAUGGGGACUGAGUCUCUUGGGUCUUCUUCACAUCAAGGGUUUUGGAAGGCAUUGAAAAGAGAAAUAUUUCAGAAAUAUUGAAAAGAGCAAUUAUCUUUCCUACCAUUACACAGUCCAAGAAUAACUAAGAAAUUUAAAGAGCCUACUAUUUCAUCAUCUAAAAAGGCUAAGGCACCCUCUCUUGCUGCUAAAAGAUCAUCCUCUUCAAGAUCAAUAACAAAAUACAGAAAAACUAGUUCACGUCUCAAAAAUCCUAAACUAGCUGAAAAAUACCUCAACAAGCCUAAAACUCAUACUGAAGCUUCAAAACCUAACCAAAUUCUCGACAAAAGAAGCAGCAUCUCUAAAGUUCCAAAUCCAUGCCAAAACCUCAACUGUCAAUCCAAUCCGGUCCAAAAUUUAUCUUCCCAACCUCCGAAUAUUCAGCCCCAAAAUACCCGCCUUCCUCGACAGAUGAAAACUCCUAGCUUUGGUAACGACCUGUUACUUCAAACUUCUUCUGCAAAGCCAGUUGAACACAUUCAAAAGUCUCAGCCCAGGUCUGACAUAAUGAAGGAUACCUUCAGCCCUUCUCUGAUGCCAAAGGAAGGGCUUAAUCCUUGUAUGGAACUAAAUACAGGUGGCAGGGUGCCCCUCCACUACAAUGCUUGUCAACAAGUUGCAGUUCCUCACGGAGCAAGCACAGGUCGGGUUAGUAAUCUACCUGCAGAGUCAGUAACCGAGGACUUUCUCAAGUAUGCCGCUCAGAUGGGCCAUAAGAAGAGAGUUCAAGAAAUCACGGAAUUUAGAAUUAAGACUGGACCUAAACAAAACUCAAACAGGAUACUAAAAGAUGUAAAUAACUUUUCAUAUACUGAUGAUCUUCCUUUACACUUCGUAGAACAGAAGAAGAGCAUAAUUUCUUCAAAGAAAUCUUUGAAUAACUACCUUAACUUGACCAAACAAAACCAAGCUCAAAAGGAGAAUCGUCCUGAAAAGCUCUCCAAAAGCUUUACAAUUGCACUUGAGCUUACUAAAAAUAUAAAAGAUUCUAAAGAUUAUGAACAGAUUGUUACUGACCAGUUGUCUCAGAGUUUGUUCGAACACGACUCUAAGGAACUUGAGAGAUCUGAGAGGAGCCAACAAGAUAGGGUCCCGGUGGUAGCAGCUUAUUCUACUGAGAAAGAUAGAUAUGUCAGGUAUGAUUGUGAGGAGAAUGCAGGCAUGCACAAUGUGAUAGGAGAGAUGCAGGGAAAAUUAGCCGAUAAGACAUGUGAGAGUGAACAGCCUUUUAGAUCGAUCAUUGGAUCUUGAAGACUGAAUCAAUCGAGUUCUCAAAGUCCUUCGUUUAAGAAUCGAAAGGAUAUUGAAGAUAGGAUAGCGAGAGAAAUAAUUCAUAAGACUAAUUCUUCAUCUCCUAAAUUGCAAAAUAAAUUCACCUUGAAAAAAGGCAGCAUGAAGAAUCCAAAAACAUCAGGGGUUAUCUCUAAAGAAUUACGAGAAGACCUCAUUCCUGGUUAUGAAGUUGCUAAAAAUAAAAUAAGACACAAUAAUAGCUUUGAAAAAGAGUAUAAAUAAGCUCAAACCUCUUCAAGAUUCUCCUUGAGCAAUUGGUUCACUAAAAUCUCAACGGUGUGGGUCAAAAGACAAGCAAUCAGAUAAGCAUGAUUUCAAACAAACUCAAAAUCUAACCUCCAUGUGCAGCAAGCAGUCUAUGAUGUUGAUUGAAACCAAUGAAAGCAUUGAUUAUUCUCAGACUCCAAACCUGAGAUAUCCCAAGACACCUCAGACUAAUUUUGACGCUAGACAUGUGCUUAAGAAUUACUUCAAAGAUCAUCAGAAGUACUUCAAGAACAUGAACAUGCCAGCUUCGUUGGCUAACAAUAACCAGAGUAUAAAAGCAUGGCCUUCCAAGAGAUAUAGCAGUUUAGAAGAGUCUGGAUCUUCUCAGAGGGAAGAAGCUAGUAGAGCUUCUUCAGAGCUCUUAAUCUCAGAUGAUCUAAGAGCUUCCUCAAAAGUAGCCAUAUCCUAUAACAACAAUAAUUUACUAGAAAAAGAGCUUGAGAAAGAUGAGUCUUCCAGAAUGCAACAAAGAUUUAUUGAUGAUAGGUACAGGACUAGUCAAAGUGACGGCCUGACCCAUCUUAUGCUCACUGCUGAAGAUCAUGCCAGAAUUAAAAACUUUAACAGCAAUGAACACUAUAUCCCUGUGCUAAGUGAGAAGGUUGAGGCAGACAUAGAUGAAGAAUGUGAUACAUUUGAGUUUGACUCACCCAAACAGCAAAUCAAACCCCUCAAUACAGUGAAGAGACUUCCUCCUAAGGUUCUAAACAAAAUAUUGGAAUAUUAUGGAAAUGAUCAAGUAAUGAAUUUGCUGUGUAAAGAUAUUAAAAAUACACUUGAGAGUUAUAGUUCUGUAGAGGUUCAUCGAAGUAUAAGAUCCUCUGAAGACAAUAACGAAAUACCUUGCAUUUCGAACCAAAAACAGUUCAAAAUGUCAUCUUCUCUUAGAUGAGAUUAUGAUAGUGAGUGGUGUAGAGAAGACUGGAGUAAUCUGUUCAAAGCGAUUAAAAAUGCUGAGCUUUCUCCUAAAGACCUUGUUGUCCUAAAUCUCUAUUUCACUUUCCUAGGCAAAUCCCUGUGCUUCGAAACUCUCCAAAACGACUUACUCCAAGUCCUAACAUCCCACAGUCCAGACUGGCAUGUCUCUUUCGACCCUGACACUUCCUUCACCUUCACAGCCCAGACCACCACUCAGAUCCAGAGCCUUCUGCCUUUGCUCAGCCACGACUCAGUGAUAUCUUCGACAGUAAGCCAGCUCAAAAUCUUUGAUGUGUUCACGAACAUAAUCCUUGAAGUCUUCCAAUACCUUGAGUUUAUCCCACUUCAAGAAUUUAACUAG